UUUUUCAAUUUCUACACUUUCAAAAAAGAAUCUACCCAACUUUUUCCCUCCUCUCUCUCAAACUCCAUUUUCUUACUCUUUUGCCGACCAAAAUAGAACACCCCACUCCUCAAUUACCCACCAAUCUCUCUUUCUCUCUCUCUCUCUCACAUUCACCUUCUUCAAUAAUGCAAGAGUUUCUGGGAUCAGUCAGGCGAUCAAUAGUGUUCCGGCCACUCCCAGAUAAUCAAGACUACGGCAUUAAUCCAUUGACAGGAAACCUGGUGGAAAAGUUGAAUUCUUGCAUUCGCAAAUCCAGAAUCUUCUCCAAGCCCUCUUCUCCAUCACUUUCAAUGGCGCCUCCUAUCCGAUAUCGCAAAGGGGAGUUGAUCGGUUGCGGUGCAUUUGGCCAUGUUUACAUGGGCAUGAAUCUUGAUUCUGGGGAGCUCUUGGCAGUGAAGCAGGUGUUGAUUGCAGCUAAUGGCGCUACAAGGGAGAAAGCACAGGCUCAAGUUAGGGAGCUUGAGGAAGAAGUGAAGCUCCUGAAGAAUCUUUCUCAUCCCAACAUUGUUAGAUAUUUGGGUACAGAUAAGGAGGAGGAAACCUUAAACAUUCUGCUUGAAUUUGUUCCAGGGGGAUCAAUAUCUUCUCUUUUGGGGAAAUUUGGACCCUUCCCUGAGGCGGUUAUAAAAACAUACACAAAGCAAUUGCUGCUGGGAUUGGAGUAUUUACACAAUAAUGGAAUCAUGCACAGGGACAUUAAGGGGGCCAACAUCCUUGUUGAUAAUAAGGGAUGCAUUAAACUUGCAGAUUUUGGUGCAUCAAAACAAGUCGUUGAGCUGGCCACCAUUUCCGGUGCCAAGUCAAUGAAGGGCACUCCGUAUUGGAUGGCUCCAGAAGUCAUUCUGCAGACUGGGCAUAGCUUCUCUGCUGAUAUAUGGAGUGUCGGGUGUACAGUAAUAGAGAUGGCCACUGGAAAGCCUCCUUGGAGCCAACAAUAUCAAGAGGUUGCUGCCCUCUUCUAUAUAGGAUCGACAAAGUCACAUCCAGAAAUCCCAGAACAUCUCUCUGCUGAAGCAAAAGAUUUUCUCCUCAAGUGCUUGCAAAAGGAACCAAACAUGAGAGCAGAUGCAUCUAAGUUGCUGCAGCAUCCCUUUGUAACUGGAUGGCAUGAAGGAUAUGAACCGGUUAUCCACACUCCUUUCAUGGAAACUUCUGGAAUUCCUCUGCAGUCAUGCAGCAAAGUUCUUGAAACCCUUCAAAUGCCAUCUGUCUCUUGUGGCACAUUGGAUGUCUGUAACUUGGGCAGUCUGAGCAGCUCAAUUGAUCCUAAUAAACUAUUGGAGAGCAAGGAUUUAUGGAGGACAAACAAUGAUGAUGAUAUGUGUCAAAUUGAUGGAGAUGAUUUUGCUACAACUAAUAGUGAAGUCAAGAUUAGUCCUGUUUUGAUUGCUGAUGACUUUAAAAAGAGUUGUGAUUCGAUGCAUGAGACUUCUGGAGAUUGGAGGCACAAAUUUGAUGAGGGUAUAGAGCCAGAACAAGCAGGAACAAGAUUAGACAUUAAUCAACCAGUUCAAAGAGACAGUAAUCUUUCAUUUCCUUCUGGGGCAUCACUCUCUGAGGAUGAUGAUGAACUUACAGAGUCUAAAAUCACAGCCUUUCUGGAUGAGAAGGCUUUAGAACUGAAGAAGUUGCAAACACCUUUGUUGGAAGAGUUCUACAACAGUUUGAAUGCAAUUUGCUCUCCAAACUUUGCAGAGAAUUCACGUGAUGAAACUCCUCCAAAUUACUUGAAAUUACCUCCCAAAAGCAGAUCUCCCAGUCGAGCCCCUGUUGGAACCCCAUCUGCAGCAACUGAUGCUGUUAGUAAUGGAAGCCCUAGGAGUACUAUUAGGUGUGUACCAAAUGCUGGCAAUGCAAGUGAUCAAUCUUCAGAGGACAAUUCAUCACCUCAGUAUCAGGACAAUGAUCACAAAGGGCUUAUAGUUAAUGAUCCAUCAGAAUCAAGUAGCCCAAGUGUGAGCUUUUCUGAUAGACAGAAGAAGUGGAAAGAAGAACUUGACCAAGAGCUGGAGAGAAAGAGAGAGAUGAUGCGGCAAGCAGGUGUGGGAAGUAAAACAUCUUCCCCAAAAGAUCGAGCUUUGAACCGGCAGAGAGAGCGGACAAGAUUUGCAUCUCCAGGCAAAUGAAUGGUUAUUUCUAUUGUGAGGAGUUAAAAACAACAGAGCUGCAGUUGUUCUGAGUGGUAAAACUAUUGCAUAGGGUGAAAAGUGUGCUAGCUCUGCCUGAAUACUGGGCAGUGUUUGGUGCCCAUUAUAUACAGAAUUUGUAUAAAAGAAAGGUCAUGUUUGGAGAUUAAAAAAGAAAGGUUUGCUUUUCCUUUUUCUUUUUGAGGGGGAUGGAACAUGUUUCUCAAGUUUGUAACCAGUGAAUCAAUGUACAAUAAUUAUGAUCAAGAAUGAUUGAUAAGCUUAUGAAAUUUUAUUCUUAAUGGUUGUGCA